AUGUCUUGGUCUUCAAGAACCGCUUUGAUCGUUUUGUGUUUCCACUUCGUGUUGAUUCCAUGCUUUACUACAGCAACAACAGAUCAAGGACUUCAAGCUUCUAGAUGUGAAUCUCACAGCUUCAAAAACGGGAAACGUUUUCGUUCAUGCACGGAUCUUCCGGUGUUAGACUCGUUUCUACACUUUAGUUAUGUCCGAGAAACCGGAGUUCUCGAUGUUGCUUACCGUCACGCCAAUCUUGAGUCUUCUAGUUGGAUCGCUUGGGCUAUAAACCCUACAAAGAAAGGCAUGUUAGGUGCUCAAGCUCUUGUGGCUUAUCGUAACUCAACCUCUGGUUCUAUGCGGGCUUAUACUUCCUCCAUAACUAGCUACUCAACUAUGCUUCAAGAAUCUCCUCUUAGCUUCCGUGUAAGCCAAGUUUCCGCUGAGUAUCUCAAUGGAGAGAUGACGAUUUUUGCGACUCUAGUCUUGCCUCUUAACACAACCGUCGUGAAUCACUUGUGGCAAGACGGUCCGUUGAAGGAAGGAAAUAGACUUGGGAUGCACGCAAUGAGUGGAGACCAUCUAAAAUCCAUGGCUACUUUGGAUUUGCUUUCUGGUCAAGUAACCACUACAAAUUCAGUAAACGGAAACAUGUUGCUCGUCAAGCGAAUCCACGGACUGAUAAACGCAGUGAGUUGGGGAAUUCUAAUGCCUAUUGGAGCUAUGGCUGCAAGAUACAUGAAGACCUACGAAACAUUAGAUCCAACAUGGUUCUAUGUACACGUAGUUUGUCAAAGCACCGGUUAUUUCUCCGGUUUAAUUGGUGGUUUAGGAAUAGCAAUCUAUAUGGCGAGACAUACCGGGAUGAGUUCUACACCGCAUACCGUGAUUGGGAUUAUUCUAUUCUGUUUAGGGUUUUUGCAGAUACUUGCGCUCAAAGCAAGACCGGACAAGGAUCACAAGUACAGAAAAUAUUGGAACUGGUAUCAUCACACGGUUGGAUACGUAGUGAUUGUGUUAAGCGUUUACAAUAUCUACAAAGGCUUGGCUAUGUUGCAACCGGGGAGCGGUUGGAAAAUCGCUUACACAACCAUUAUUUGUGCGAUUGGUGCGUUUGCGAUUGUGAUGGAGAUUUUGCAGUUUAAGAAGAGAUGGGGUGGAUUGUUCUCUAAGAAAACUAAAGACAUUGAAGCUGAUCAAACUGCUUCCACUAAUGUGGUCUAG